AUGAGCAACACAACGGCCACGACGACCUCGGCCUAUCCUGAAUAUUUCCGGCGACGGAUCGGACGAGCGCCUUCGCCUCCCACAUGGGCAUGCUACGAGCAGAUCCCAUAUGGUGACGAUUAUAGUGACAGCGGAUCAGAGGAGGACUCCUGCUCUGAGGACGAAGAGGACUACGGUCGAGCCGUCCACCAUGGGAGCGAUGACUCGGACGGCGAGCAUGCCGCCGUGCACGAGAACGAGAAGUCUCCCCCACCAACAGACGGCGAUCCGGGCAUUGAUGACGGCGACCGUCUCAUGUCAGCGCAGAAGCUAGCGGAGCGCAAGAAGGACGUGAAAGGGAAGCAGCGCGCCACUGAACCUGAGCAUGAGAGUCCCAAGAGGGAGACCCGCAGGAAACACCGCCAGCCGGUGUUCACUCUGCGGCCGAUUCUAACUAUCCAGAGAAGCCAAGGUUUCGUCUGGAACCAGGACUUGUUUGUCCCACCGUAUAUCAAAGACAGAUAUGUUACCUCCACUUCUCCGAACGCCUCCGGGUUCGUGUCGUCAUCCGUGUCGUCCACGAAGAUGGAUUACGAGGUUGAAGUUGUCGAGAUUCGUGUGAAGGAGGGCGAGCUGAACGAUAUCAUUCCCUAA